UAAAUAGCAGGACAAAUGAAUGUUGAAUUCAAAAUAGAUUGUGGUAGUAUAAGAAUGUGUCGUUCUCGUGACCGUAUUUAAUGAUGACUCAUAUUUUGUUUUGCUGCACCGUAGUUAUGACAACCUAGAGUGACUAAAUUAUUAAUGAUGUUAGAGUACAAGGGCAAUGAACAAUUUAUUAUAUAUCCUGGAGAGGCUGAGAUUUUUAUACGGUCCAUGGAACUUUUAAAAUAUGGAGAUUUCGGUUUAGAAAGGUGGUUUAAUUAUCAUGGGUAUUUAAACAAGUUAAAUAUGCAGGCUGUUGCUUCGGCUCGUACUCAAUCAGAUGAGUUUAUCAAAGAAUUUCUUGUUAGUCAUCAAAAGAUACCGGUUCUAGUUCACGAUCUAAUAAUGGUUGAACUUUGGAAGCAAAAAGUGUUUAAGAUUAUAUUAAGCGAUAUAGAGGAACCUAAAUCUGCGUUCCCAUUGUAUACUAUUAUAUAUCAUGAACUGCUGUUGGCAAAUUUACUAGAAACCGUGACAUUCCACAGUGAUGCAGUAGAAACCUUUGGAGAUUCAGUUACUGAUUUAGGGGAUUGGUGCCAUCGGUCAUUGUGUUAUCUCGUAACUCAAUCAGCAUCAGAAAAGGAAAAGUCAGUGUAUUUCGAAUUGAAAAAUAAGGUUAGUGAUACCAGUAAUUUGAAGGAUUUAGAUCGUCAGUAUAAGGUUAUAGAAUAUGAAAAGGGUAUUAAAGCUAUCACUAUUGUUAGACACUUGUUUGAAAACUGUUUAAAUUCAGACAGUGGAUUACCUCCUAGUAUUGGACGUCGUUUACUUUACACACAUGAUAUCCCAAUUAUACUUUGUCAAUUACUUGAACAGAAACCAUGGAUAAUAAUUGGUUAUGACAAAUCUAAUACACAACAUCGUCAACAUAUUUGGCAUGAGAACGGGUCAUGGAUACCAGAUGAAAAAACAUCCUGUGUUAUUCACAAGCCAGAAGCGCAAAUAUGGUUAUGUCUAUUUCAAAUUCUAUUAGCCAAUAGUUCUUCCCUAAAAUAUGAUUGUUCAGUUAGCCACAGAAGGACUGCUUUAUUGAAACUACGUCCACUACUUACCGAAUUAAAACUAGAUGUUCUACCUGUUUUAAUUGACCUAAGACGCUUUUUGGAGCACUUAAGUCUUAAUGAAUCGUAUGGAGGCACAAGUGAUAAAAUUAAUAUGUGCCUUAUAGAAGUAGUACCAGAAAUUCGUGAAUCAUUGGUUAGCAAAUAUAAGAAUAAAUGGAGGAAACUUGCCACACUAUUCAAAGAACAAACUGAAUCUAAUCGUGGGAAAGAGGCGGCGAAAAAGGCAGCAUUGCAGUGGACUGAGACAUUUUCUGAAGAACAUCUCAGUCAAUUGUUCUCCUACUCCUUGGGGAAUUCAGGUGAUGAAAAUCCUCUAUAUCCAACACCAAGAUGUCCAACAUGUGGAGAAAUUGCCUCCAAACGAUGUUCAAGAUGUCGUCAGGAAUGGUACUGUGGUCGAGAAUGUCAAGUAAAGCACUGGUUAAAGCACAAGGGCGCUUGUGACUUGCUAGCAGAAGCAAUAACUUUUGAUAAAAACUCGAAUUAACUUUCUUCAUCAUAACCAUUUUAAAAAAAUCUAAUGUAAAUAAUAUUAAAGUUAAAUAGAAACGUCUGAAUUCCGCUAUGUGAAUCAGAA